AUGGAAGAAUCUGCACACGAGAUCAGGGCCCCUCUAAGUAACCUUCCUCUCACUUCUUUAAUUCACUUUGUAUUUGAAAGUUUAUUUUUCUUGUUCCAAGUCUCUUAUUUUCACUCUCUCUUGAUUACUCUUGUUGCAGUUUCUAAGGAUCAUGAAGAUACCAACAUCGCAUCAUCAUCAUCAUCAUCAUCAAAAUCCCAACCAGAGAUUAUUGAAUUGCUAGAACCUGAAGAGAACUCACCCGUCAAACAAGUGGCUUUAACCGUACCAACCACAGAUGACCCUUCUUUGCCAGUUCUCACAUUUCGAAUGUGGGUCUUGGGAACCCUCUCAUGUGUUCUCCUAUCGUUUCUAAACCAGUUCUUUUGGUACCGCACAGAACCUCUAUCAAUCACAGCCAUUUCAGCUCAGAUUGCUGUGGUGCCUCUCGGUCAACUAAUGGCUGCAAAAAUCACAGACCGUGUCUUCUUUAAAGGGACACGUUGGGAGUUUACGCUUAAUCCUGGACCUUUCAAUGUAAAAGAACAUGUUCUUAUCACCAUCUUUGCCAAUUCUGGAGCUGGCAGUGUUUAUGCCAUUCAUAUUGUUACUGUUGUUAAAGUCUUCUAUAAGAAACACAUCUCCUUCUUUGUUUCUCUCCUAGUUGUCUUCACAACACAGGUGUUGGGAUUUGGUUGGGCUGGGAUAUUCAGAAAGUAUCUGGUGGAACCAGCAGCAAUGUGGUGGCCUGCAAAUCUUGUUCAGGUUUCUUUGUUCAGGGCUUUGCAUGAGAAAGAGAAACGGCCCAAGGGUAGUCUGACACGUACCCAAUUCUUCCUCAUAGCUUUUAUUUGCAGCUUUGCUUAUUAUGUCUUCCCAGGCUACCUCUUUGAAAUGCUAACUUCCCUCUCCUGGAUAUGCUGGAUAUUCCCCAAAUCUGUUUUGGCCCAACAGCUUGGCUCUGGCCUUUACGGGCUCGGAAUUGGUGCACUUGGAAUUGAUUGGUCCACUAUCUCGUCCUACCUUGGAAGCCCCCUUGCAAGCCCAUGGUUUGCCACUGCCAACGUUGCUGCAGGAUUUUUCUUUGUCAUGUAUAUUUUGACCCCUAUAUGUUAUUGGCUUGAUGUCUACAAGGGCAAAACCUUCCCUAUAUUUUCUGACGACCUUUUCACAUCAACUGGUCAAGAAUACAACAUUUCAGCCAUUAUUGACUCUGAUUUUCACCUGGACAUUGCGGCUUAUGAGAAACAAGGGCCUCUUUACUUGAGCACAUUCUUUGCCAUGACUUAUGGUGUUGGAUUUGCUGCACUUACUGCUACAGUUGUUCAUGUUGCAUUGUUUCAUGGAAGAGAGAUAUGGGAGCUGAGCAAAGCGAGUUUUCAAGAAAAAGGAAUGGAUGUACAUACUAAACUCAUGAGGAGAUAUAACCAAGUCCCUGAGUGGUGGUUUGUUUGCAUUCUUCUGGUAAAUAUAGCAGCCACUAUUUUUGCUUGUGAGUAUUACAUUGACCAGCUUCAGUUGCCAUGGUGGGGUGUUGUACUAGCAUGUGUUAUCGCUAUUAUAUUCACCCUUCCCAUUGGAAUCAUUACAGCCAUCACAAACCAGACACCGGGCUUGAACAUUAUCACAGAAUACAUAAUUGGGUAUAUUUACCCAGGGUACCCAGUUGCUAACAUGUGCUUCAAGGUGUAUGGUUACAUAAGUAUGACACAGGCCAUCACCUUCCUGCAAGACUUCAAGCUUGGCCACUAUAUGAAGAUUCCUCCAAGAACAAUGUUCAUGGCACAGAUUGUAGGAACUGUCAUAGCCUGUUUAGUAUAUUUGGGCACUGCGUGGUGGCUAAUGGAAACAAUCACAGAUAUCUGUGAGACAACAGCCUCCAACAGUGUGUGGACUUGCCCAAGUGACACUGUCUUCUAUGAUGCAUCAGUCAUAUGGGGACUGAUCGGACCACGCAGAAUUUUCGGAGAUUUGGGGACUUACGAGGCCAUCAAUUGGUUUUUCUUAGCUGGAGCAAUUGCUCCAAUGCUGGUGUGGUUGGCCGCGAAAGCAUAUCCAAACCAAGAAUGGAUUAGACUCAUCAACAUGCCAGUGUUGAUUGGUGCCACAGGGAUGAUGCCACCAGCGACUGCAGUUAACUACACUACUUGGAUUAUUAUGGGUUUCCUUUCUGGAUUUGUUGUGUAUAGAUAUCGACCAGACUUGUGGCAGCGUUACAAUUAUGUUCUUUCUGGGGCAUUGGAUGCUGGACUUGCAUUCAUGGGAGUGCUAAUAUAUUUUUGCUUGGGCUUAGAAAGUGUAAGUGUUGAUUGGUGGGGAAAUGACCUUGAUGGAUGCCUAUAUGCUACCUGCCCCACUGCCAAAGGAGUUGUGGUUGAGGGCUGCCCAGUUUUCAGCUAGAAAUUGUAUAUUGCAAAUAAGAACCCAUGAGUUUAGUUUUAGUUUCUUGUUUCUGAUUUUUCCCUUCACUCCUUUUAUAUUAUAGUGUUGGAGAGAUCAUUGGCUUCCAAUUCUUUGUAUAAAAUUAAGCAGC